CAUACUAUUGAAGCGUUUGAGAUGAUGAGAAAUCAAAUGCACUUAGAGGAAGUUGAUCUUGAAAAGAGGGCCGAGGAUGCCAUUGGCUCGCUUGGAAUCAGUGCACAACUGAUGUUGGGAUUUAUUAGCAGGAGUGUGCUUCUCCAAGGAAAGUUGGCUUGUACCGUUGGCAUCAGCGUCUCACUCAUGUCAGUGGUAUCGUUUGUUAUUGGAUUUGGUAUUGCCAUAACUGUGGCAUUUAACAAGAUAAGGAGAUUGAGCCGACCACUCCAAGAGCUCAGGAGCAGGCAGAGCAAGUUGUACACUGAUAUCAUGCAGUUCAGAGCUGAGAAUUACUUUGUUGGAGAUCGGGUGAGGAUUCAAGCUGCAGUCACAAUUGUAGAUCCAGACAGCAGUCCACAACAUCACAUGGAUUCACAAUUCAGUAGUCGUCUCAUUGAUGUUGAAGACUCACUGUCCGGGGCACAAAACUUUCUGACACAUUAUGAAAGCAUGCUGUGGAUGAUGGCAUUUGGAGCUGCUAUGUAUGGGAUAACCAUUCCCCUGGUGGCCUACCACAUCUUCUGUGGAACCGGAAAGGGCAGCACUGACAAAGACACGAUGCCGAAAUCCAUCUAAGGUUACCUCUAAAGCUUUAGGGUUAAGCUAAGGGUCCUUCAGAAGUAAAUUUUUUCAUUCUGUCUUCUAUAUGGUUGUUGGAUAUUUAGUAAUAGUUCUUUUUUUCUGUCCUUUGCUAUACUGAUACCCUUGUCUCUCUGUUUUCAAACUUGUUCCAUGGUAAAAAGGUAGGAUUUGAGUUUUUGCUACAACCAUAAGAACCAGAACAACUUUAGACCUUGAUCGACUUGAUGGAUCCAGAUCGGAUGAUAGUAUUAGCCGUUUAUGAUUUGAUAAAUCUUACUGACUUGUUUUGCUUACUAAUGUGACACCUAUCAUAUCAUUGAAGCAAGUUUUGUUUUCAUUUCCAAAGUUUGAUUGUUGCAUGACAAAAUGUUUGUUAGUUUGUAUGACAUUUCCCAUCACAAAAAUAAAAGGGAAACAUUUUACAUCACUAUAAAAUAUAAAGGAUUUGAAUCCUUAUCCACCACCACUGUUGCUGAUGAUGGAAGAACUUAUUUCAAUGUCAAUGAACACAUGUUCAACCAUCUGUGUGGAAUUGUGAUUAUUUUAACUUAAAAAGGGACAUCUAAAGAUAUGCCAUUUUGUCGUUCAUUUUUUAUCUGAAUACAAAAAAUGAAUACAACGUAGGAGCAUGUUUCCAAUUAAUUUACAUACUACCCGGUGGCAAUAUUGCCAAACAGAGUG